UACGUAUAAAAAAAGGUAACACUUGUUGGUUGUGUUUAUGUCAACAAUGUUCGGCCCUUUCUUCUGAUUAAUGGCUCAAUAGAUCCGACAUUAGAGACAACGCCUCUCUUGAAUGUCUUUAGCUUAAGACUGAACUCAUUGUUUAUUUAUAUAUUGAUAGACAAUGUAUGCAUCGAUAAUAAGUGCAAUCCAUUGACGAGUGACUAUCGGAGCUAAAUAUGUCAUCCAUUGCUUCAAAUAGUGUUAAUAAUAAUGUCUGUGAUUUCGAUUACACGAGAAGUCAUGGAUCUAAUUCUUACCGCAAAUGUCUUCCAUAUUCAGCCAACAGAAAUGCCAAACAUAUAUCAUAUUUGAAUAUACUAUUAGUGUUAAUAAUUACCUCAAUUCUGGUCACUUGUAUUGAGUCACUUGAGUCGGUUGGUGACCACCCGAUACCCGUCGGUAAAGUGUUUCGCUUAAAGUUUCGUCUGGAUUCUGACUAUCGACUUAAGUAUCUUAACGUAAGUCUGGCUGGAAAUGCAACACUUGUUCCCGAUUGGAUUUAUCUUAAACGUGAUACCAAUGAACUUAUAGCUGUUCCCUUCGAGAAGGGUGUCUACUUCAUUGAAGUUAACGUCAAAUAUUAUGGCAAACAGUCUUACAGUGAUAUCUUUGCAUUCAAUGUAGUCGACAGUUCUGUUUCUUCUACGGCUAAUCAAGUAAUACCAGAAAAUCGAUGCGUUAUUCGACUAAAACAAUCGUUUGAUGGCAUAUCAGAUGUCUGGCGUAUCAUUAGUUCACUAAUGCCUCACAAUUUAGUUACUAAUCAAAAUUCUAAGACAUAUGAUGACUGGUUGCUUAAGUUUACCAUUUCUCGUAAUCCCAACAAAGAAUAUCUCAUUACAUAUGACAUCGACAGCUGUGACAUCAAUAGCUAUGAUGAAGAACAUGACAGCAAUGAUAAGAUUCAUAUCAAACUUAAGAAAUUAGGUUAUGAAUUGGAUGUGGUUCGCAUCUCAAGAAGACAUUUACCCGAUGGCCAACUGUAUAGUGAAUUAAGCGAUUCUUCAUCACUAUAUAAUGAUAAUCAAGUUUACGACAAAAUCAAUUCACAUAAUCGCCGUUAUGUGAAUCCAACUCCUAUAUUAGCUCCGAGUUGGGCCACAUUAACCACUUCAACCAUUUUAUCAGAAGGCGAGGAUUCGACUCCAGACCCGGUUUCCAGAGUUCUUAUUCCUUCAAUGACUUCCCCGACAGUCAGUCUCAGUUCGGCCUCACUAUUAAUACCAUCAAUUGAUCCAUUAGAAAAUCAAAUACUUGGCAAACAUGAUGAACGACAUAAUAAAUAUAAAACUCGUUUGAUAUACACGACACCCGUAUUGGCACCCGAGAGACCAACUAUAGUCGAUUCUGAUUUAUUAACACCUAUUCUGGUCACUCCAACACCAACUUUUCAUACAAUAUCUGUGGAUUCGGCUACAAUACCAAUAGCUCCCAGUCCAUCAGUUAUUGCUGAAGUGACGGUAUCACAAAUUGAAGUAACCACUGAAAAGGAAAAACCAACGACUAGUCCACCUGAGAUUCCGAGUACUUCAGCGACUCUUCCAAAUAAAACUCCUUAUAUUAACAAAAGGAUUCGAAAAUUGGAUAUCACUUCUGGUAAAUAUUGGAAGUAUACGAUUCCUGCGGAAACUUUUGUUGAUUUUGAAGACGGGGACACACGUAAACUUAAGCUCACUUUCCUUACAUCGACAUCUGAUUCGACACAAGAACAGCCAUCAUCUGAGUUUUGGAUACAAUUCGAUCACGAAAAUCAAUAUCUUUACGCUCUACCCACUGAUGAAGAUAUCGGAAAGCAUUUGUUUAAGUUAGUGGCGGUUGACUCAAGUGGUGCUCACGUAUCAGAAACACUUGAAGUUCAUGUACGACAGCAUAUGAAAACCCGUGCCUUUACUCAUAUCUUUACCCUUUCGAGUGUGGUUUGGGAUCCUUUUCAAUUUGCUGCCACUAUUGAUGCCACGUCUUCCCUUUUAAAACGAGUGGCCACCAGAGUCUUUGACGACAAUGAUAUUAAAUCUAUUGCUGUCCAGAAAAUUGCCAAAAAUGAAAGGGACAACUCAUGGACAAUUUCAUGGACUAAUGAUACUCUUCAAUCACAUCCCUGUCCUCGAGAAACAAUCCAAUCUCUUUAUACACGUUUACAUGACUCACAUAAAAAAUAUGAUGACUCAGCUGAACCAAGUCGUCUUUUGCGACAAACAAUUGGACCAGAAUUUAGUGUCCAAAGAGUUAAUUUGAAUUUUAUAACAAAAAGCGCGUGCGGUUCGUAUGAAAUGCCAGAUAAUGAUGAAAAGAAACCAAAAGAGAACCCAGUUUUUCGAAAUCGUAUCGGAAAGUUGGGUCCAUUUAAAUUGGGUCAGGCAUUCAAAUAUAGGAUACCUGAAGAUACUGUGUUUUCUUCGGGACGACAGGUCGGUACUCGUGACUUAAUACUCAACAUUGAAGCCAUAGAACCGGCAGAAAUACCAGAAUUCAUUUAUUUUGAUUCUGAAGAACAAGAAUUGUUUGGUUUGGCUAUUAAUCAUAAAUGGAUCGGUUCUUAUGAACUUAAAUUAGUAGCUGAAGAUAAUAUAAAUGGAGGAAGUGCUUAUGAUAUAUUUUCAAUUGACAUUGUAGAUGAAAUAACAGAUCCAUCAAAACAGUAUACUUUUGAGGUACUUAUAAAUCUUAUGGCACCUCAAGGUAGGGAUACACUUAAUGCUAAGGAAAAGGUAGACAUUGUUAAUCGUAUAUCUUCGGGUAUGUUCAGUGACGGUGAUUCCAAUGCAGUUCAUGUUUUAAGCAUUAAAACGUAUCAAUACGACGGAUUAUCACCUGCUAUUAGCGAUGAUAAUUAUUUAGGUGAAGAACCGGAACCGGAUUCUCCAAAUAAAGAGCACAAUCAUCACAGUCGUCAUAAGCAUAGAGAACGUAAUACAAGAGAUACAAAUACUUUAUAUUACUUUGAAUAUAAGUGGACUAAUAGUACGAUCCAUGAAAAAGACGACAAAUGUCCGAAAGAUCUAAUCUCAGAAAAUGUAUUGAAACGGAUUUUUCAAAGAGAUUACGACAGUCUUAAGGCUCACAAAGAAGUUUUCGAACCUAACUUUGAUUUAAUUAAUGUUGAGUUCCAGCCAUUAGGUGUUUGUACGAACUUUAUGAACACUAAAACUCUUGGUGCACGUCCUGUACCAAUCACUAGUCCUCCUUCAACUAUGUGGACACCAACACAACAGCCGACUCCCCGAGAAGAUGAAGAUUUAGAUAAUGUUAUAGACAUCGAAGACUCAAAUGAAUUUCUAUUGACAACUAUCAUACCUCCGGUGGCAAUACUCAUAGCUUUGAUAUUUGCAGCUAUAGUUGGCUGUUGUUUCCAUAGAGCAAACAAACGCAGAAAAAGUAUUGAAAUCUCGUCGCGAUUGCCCACCGAUUCUGCUCUCAAUGAAAGAGAAGCAUUCCUUCAAAAAGGAAGAAUUCCUAUAAUAUUUGAGUUCGAACAACAACAGCACCAACAGCUACCACAACAGCCCCAGCAAUACAAUAUGACGCCAGUUAUUAUGCCGCCCUCACAACAGACAUCACAACAUAUUCCUCCACAACAGAUGACACCUUUACGACAGCUAAGCAGUAGUACAACGGGUACUAAGCAUACAUAUCAACCACUUCCUCAAUCUGGAAGUCAAAUGAGACGACAACCGCCUCCUUAUUAUAAAUAAUAGCAAUUAAUGAAAUAUUGAGUCAAUGAUGAGUGCCUUCUAUGCAAUACAAUUAGACUAAUGCUAUGAUUCCCAUAAAAAUAUUUAAUAUGUCAUUACAUAAUUAAAAAAUGUAGUAAAAAUAAGGAGAGGCAGCAAACAGUGGGAUUUUAUGGCACCAGACUCUGGCACUGACAUUGAUCCUCAAACUAAUUGAUUGCAAACUUCUUAAACCAUUAUCUGUAGUAAACUUUUGUUGUUUGUGUGCCUUUUGUUAAUCGUUUCCAACUCUAUGUGUGCGACACUUACAG